CAGCCUCUUCCGGCUGUUGGGAGAGUUGUGAUCAGGCGUCUGGUAGAGAAUCGCUCGUGGAGCAGGAGAGUCUCCACCGCGGAGAUGACGAAGGGCCUCGUUUUAGGAAUCUAUUCCAAGGGAAAAGAAGAUGACGUGCCACCAUUUACAAGUGCAGGAGAGAGUUUUGACAAAUCUGUGUCCGGAAAGCUGAGAGAACUUUUGACCAUAUCGGGACCACCUCUGAAGGCAGGCAAAACCCGAACCUUCCACGGUCUGCAUCAGGACUUCCCCAGUGUGGUGGUUGUCGGCCUCGGCAAGAAGACAGCCGGCGUCAGUGAACAGGAGAACUGGCACGAAGGCAAAGAGAACAUCCGGGCUGCUGUUGCAGCGGGCUGCAGGCAGGUGCAGGACCUGGAGAUCGCCUCGGUGGAGGUGGACCCUUGUGGAGACGCCCAGGCAGCCGCCGAGGGAGCAGUUCUCGGCCUCUACGAGUACGAUGAGCUGAAGCAGAAGCAGAAGGUGAAGGUGUCAGCGCAGCUCCACGGAAGCGGGGACCAGGAGGCCUGGCAGAAGGGAGUCCUCUUCGCUUCUGGGCAGAACCUGGCCCGCCGCUUGAUGGAGACCCCGGCCAAUGAGAUGACACCCACCAAGUUUGCCGAGAUUAUCGAGAAGGAGCUGAAAGCUGCUAGCAGUAACACGGACGUGUACAUCAGACCCAAGCCUUGGAUUGAGGAGCAGAAAAUGGGAUCGUUCCUGAGUGUGGCCAAAGGGUCCGAUGAGCCUCCAGUCUUCUUGGAAAUUCACUACCGGGGCAGCACCAACGCCAGCGAAGCACCGCUGGUGUUUGUUGGGAAGGGCAUCACCUUUGACAGCGGCGGCAUCUCCAUCAAGGCUUCCGCCAACAUGGACCUCAUGCGAGCCGACAUGGGGGGAGCCGCGACCAUCUGCUCGGCCAUCGUGUCUGCGGCCAAGCUCAGUUUGCCCAUUAACAUCAUCGGUUUGGCCCCUCUUUGUGAAAAUAUGCCCAGCGGGAAGGCCAACAAGCCGGGCGAUGUGGUGCGGGCCAGGAACGGAAAGACCAUCCAGGUGGACAACACUGACGCUGAGGGGAGGCUCAUCCUGGCCGACGCGCUCUGCUACGCUCACACCUUCAACCCGAAGCUCAUCCUCAACGCUGCCACCUUAACAGGUGCCAUGGACGUAGCUCUGGGCUCCGGCGCCACCGGGGUCUUCACCAACUCGUCAUGGCUGUGGACCAAACUGUUCGAGGCCAGCGUUGACACGGGGGACCGCGUCUGGAGGAUGCCCCUCUUCGAACAUUAUACCAGACAAGUAGUAGAUUGUCAGCUUGCUGAUGUUAAUAACAUUGGAAAAUACAGGUCUGCGGGAGCGUGCACUGCUGCAGCCUUCCUGCGAGAGUUCGUGACACACCCCAAGUGGGCUCAUCUGGACAUCGCGGGGGUCAUGACCAACAAGGAUGAAGUCCCCUACCUGCGGAAGGGCAUGACCGGCCGGCCCACGCGGACUCUGAUCGAGUUCCUACUGAGGAUCAGUCGUGGCGAGGACCGCGCGUAG